CAGGAGGGUUCCAGGGAAGAACCCCUCCAACCAGGUCACAAUGGCUGGAGCUCUGAAGGGCCCAGGGUCCCUGAGUCAGGAGGAGAGGAGGAAGUCCAAGGAAAGAUGGCUGGCAGUCACCCCUACUUCAACCUGCCUGACUUCACACAGCCAUCACCGCCCUCCACUCCGCCCAGUCUCUCAUCGCACCAGCGCUGCCGGCCCUCCGAUGCCACCAAGGGCCUGCUCGUGGCCCUGCUGGGUGGGGGCCUACCUGCUGGCUUCGUGGGCCCCUUCUCCCGUAUGGCUUACCAGGCUUCCCACUUUCCCUCGCUGGAGCUGCUCAUCUGUCGAUGCCUCUUCCACCUCCCCAUUGCCCUGCUACUUAAACUUCGUGGUGACCCCCUCUUAGGACCUCCCGAUGUCCGGGGCCGGGCCUGCCUCCACGCCCUGCUCAACGUCCUCAGCAUCGGAUGUGCCUACAGUGCAGUUCAGGUGGUGCCCGCCGGCAACGCUGCCACCGUCCGCAAAGGUUCUUCCACAGUCUGCUCUGCUCUCCUCGCCCUCUGCCUUGAGAGCCAGCGUCUCAGCGGCUAUGACUGGUGUGGCUUGUUGGGCAGCACUCUGGGACUCAUCAUUAUUGUGGGACCUGGACUAGGGACCCUGCAGGAGGGGACCACGGGCCUCUACACUGCCCUAGGCUAUGUGCUUGCUUUCCUAGGUGGCCUGGCACUGUCACUGGGGCUCCUGGUGUAUCGCUCCCUGGACUUUCCCUCCUGCCUACCAACAGUGGCCUUCCUGUUUGGUUUGGUGGGGCUGGUGGGCUCUGUGCCAGGCCUCUUUAUGCUGCAGACCCCCGUGCUGCCCAAGGAUCCUCUGAGUUGGAGCUGUGUGGGGGCAGUGGGGAUCCUUGCCCUGGUCUCCUUUGUGUGUGUGAGUUAUGCGGUCACUAAGGCCCACCCCGCCCUGGUGUGUGCCGUCCUGCACUCUGAGGUGGUGGUGGCCUUGAUGCUGCAAUACUAUGUGCUCUAUGAGACCGUGGCACCUUCUGACAUCAUGGGGGCAGGGGUCGUUUUGGGCAGCAUUGCCAUUAUCACUGCCCAGAACCUCAGCUGUGAGAGGGAAGGGCAGGUGGAGGAGUGAGAUCCAACUUGAGAGCCUGGGGGUGGGGUGGGGGGGGCUGGGUAAAAAGAAGGAAAAACUGGAAUACAAACAUGGGAGAACAAGUGACUAGGAAAGAACUGCUGUAGGAGAGGGACACCCCUUCGAGUCAAGGAUGACUUGGGGACUUGGUGGAGAGGGACUGCUGAGAAGUCUUGGAAUAAGCCUGGAGACCAACGUAUUUGGAGUCUAGGCUGGGGCUUGAAGGGAGGUCUGAGGAGCAGGCCCAAGGAAGGGGCUGAGGCAGGCAGGCCAUGAACCGCGGAGAGGAUUUUUCCCUGGGCAGCAGAGAGGAGCUUUGGGGCUGGAGUGCUUGGGGCUUUCAGGCAAACGGAGCAAGCAGCUGCGCUGGGGGAAGGGAGUGUGCUUUUCUUUCCCUGAGCGAUAGUUUCCCUUUCUCGUGGUUAUGCCUCCCCACCUUGGGGUGGUGACGUGAUAUUGACAUCAAACAAGGAUCACUCUGAAUGUGGCUGUGCAGUUGGUGUCAUCUCUGCUUUGUAAGGACAGUGGAAGUCCU